UGCUGCUGUCGCCAUCUUGUGAUUGGCAGAGGCCUCUCUUUCCCCAUUGGUCACCGCGUUUAUUCUUGCGGCAUCCAGUGUGAUUGCUCGGCUCCGGGGUGCAGGAUGUUGGUCUUGGUGUUAGGAGAUCUACAUAUCCCACAUCGAUGUAAUAGUUUGCCAGCAAAAUUUAAAAAAUUGCUUGUGCCUGGCAAGAUCCAGCAUAUUUUAUGCACUGGGAAUCUCUGUACCAAGGAGAGCUAUGACUACCUCAAGACACUGGCCGGGGAUGUUCACAUCGUCCGAGGAGACUUUGAUGAGAACCUAAACUACCCAGAACAAAAAGUGGUCACAGUUGGGCAGUUCAAAAUUGGCUUAAUCCAUGGCCACCAGGUCAUUCCUUGGGGUGACAUGGCUAGCCUGGCACUAUUGCAGCGGCAACUUGAUGUAGACAUAAUGGUUUCCGGACAUACACAGAAAUUUGAAGCCUUUGAGCAUGAAAACAAGUUUUAUAUUAACCCUGGAUCUGCAACAGGAGCCUACAGUGCUUUAGAAUGCAACAUUAUUCCUUCCUUUGUACUCAUGGAUAUCCAGGCAUCAACAGUAGUCACCUACGUGUACCAGUUAAUUGGGGAUGAUGUGAAAGUAGAGAGAAUUGAGUACAAGAAGUCCUGAAACAAAUGUUUGUUUUUAUGGCAUUUACUCUUCAUUCCCAUUUAUUAUUGAAUCAGUCUUCACCUCUAACCAGUUUUAUUAUAAGCCUUGUAUUCCUACUUGCAUUGUCAUUUGUUUUUCAUUCUUUGCUGCUGUAGUUUUAAUGUAAACAUUAUGAUUGAAUGGUUUACAUGUCAUGGAAUAAGUGUGCCACAUAAAAAAAAAAAAACUCUGUAAAAAGGAAAACCUUUGUAAAUAUAACAUUUUAAUGUUACCAUCCACUGAUAUGUUACCAUAAAACAUAUAUACAGAAUAAAAUGGAAAACCUUGUUAUGUCUUCAGCUAAA